AUGUACAUAGGUACUGUUUUAUCGGAUAGCAGUUCACUUUACUACGGAUAUUUAACAGACCCUGGGCCUCCUAUUAAUUUUUGCUGCAAAUGGUUGCGGCUAAAUCGGUGCCGCGUGGACGAGUCUAACGGGUGUGCGAGUUUAGAAGAUUUUCAUAGUUGUUGCAAUAAAUCGAUGGACAGGAUAAGCGUCGAACACAGUUACUGCAGAACUGCUCCAUCAGUCUGCAAACGACCACUUAAGAGACCGUGGAGUUCGGUUUCGUAA